CAUGUCGGUUAUUGUUGAUCAGAAGAAUUGACGAUUGAAAGAGUCGAAUACUUGAUCGUUCGAUGAUCCUCAAAUUUGGUCGCGAUUUAAAAUUGAAAUGAAUAUAAACGAUAUUCCCUGCUUGUUAAUGAUCAAUUAAAUGAUCCUUUAGUUGUAUUUUAAAUGUAAUACAAGUAUUUGCCAUUGAAAGUUAAAUUCUACCUCUAAGAUAAAAAUCAUCCUUGAAAUUAUCGUCUGACCAAGUCUGGUUUUGAACAUGCUGAUUUGAAAGAAAAAACGCACCAUAUGUCAAUAUUUUUUCGGUAACACAUUUCAAUCGUCAAUUAAAGAGUGCAUGUUAGUUUAGAACCCCUCGGAGAAUUGAACCAUUCAUGUAAACAUUUGUUUUCUGUUCGUAGUGUUCACGUUUUCAUUAUGGGUUGCUAAUUGGCCUUGGAUUAUGAUGAUUGAUAUUGGUGUAUUGACACCCUUAACGCAACAGACCUCUGUACAUGUGCUUGCGCGGAUUAACACCGGAUUAAUAGUAAUCCAUCGAGGGAGGAUUAAGGGGGUUUAACCACUUACGACUAUUUCUCGAGAUCGCUGGAACCGAUCGGACGCCAAACUCAGAAACUGGUCUGGUAAUGGCCCCCUUGGUUUAAUGAGGUUUCUGUGUUAUCAGUGGACAAGUACUCUUUUGAAAUAGUGAUAGCGACAUUCUUGUCUCUAACUUUUGUGUUAAGAUUUCAAAAAAUUAAGGAGGCUAGGACCAUAAGAGAUUAUGAAAUGAAUUAUGAAACAAAGGAUUUACAUUUGUUUUCCUUUUUGAGUAUUUUGGAUCCAGUCUGGAUAUUUUGUUCAUAAAGGAAUGAACUUAUUUCUACGGUAAAAGUUUUGUUGCAUCGAAAAGGACAAUGAAAGACCUAAACCCAGUCCCCGAAGAUAAAUUGGCAAGAAUCAGACUGAACACAAGAGUUGUGUCCCCUCGGAAGCGGAAACCACUGAAGUCUCUGAAAUCCGAUCCCGGUGGACUUCUGUUGAAGGAUAAAGGACUAGAUGACAGCUCAGAGGAUACACUGUCUUUAAGUCGGUCUGCGACAUUCCUGGAUUUUGACAAACAGAUGAUGUCGACAGACCCCCAGCGAAGUCAACAUCACGCCUUCCUCAGGAGAAUGUCAUCUGUUAACUUGACCAAAUCUUAUACGAUGCCAGACCUCUUUGACAGUGUCAGACCCAAAGAUGUAUACGAGGACAAUUUGCUACGACGAAAUGUUCGUGAAAACUUGGUCAAGAAACGGCUACACACGACGCAAAAUGUGCAUGUGUAUCCUCUACCGAACAGUCGCAACAAACUGGAUACGUUACAGGAAGUCUUGAUGCAAAAUUCCUCUUUCGCAGAUCCGCACCAUUCAGAGGUAACGGAGGAGGAGAAGAAAUUGGUAGCUGAUUCACGGCGAAAGAGUAUAGAAGAAUCGGGUCUGUGGCAGUUGGCUUCCGCGCAAUUGUUCAAAAUGAAGGCUCAAAAAACUAACAAUCUAGAGGACCACGCCAUGGCUGUGUUCACCAGGAAAGUUGCCAUUAACAAAAUGAGACAAAGAAUAGAAAAAAAGCUAGAUUUACCCAAAGACCAUUUCUCGCGAGUUGCCACGUUGCGCAGCAAUGUACAACACAUAGAGCGGCGAUAUCGGAAUAUUGUCCAGGGGUCCUCCACUGAAGCUUCUGGAUCCACCCAUAUCUACGCUCUGCAACGCUUUGACGUAGAAGACGAGUCAAACAGAGACCCCAAGUUUAUGAAACCAGGGGAGGCAUUGCAGUUCUUUCGUCGGUAUGCCAGAAUAGUGCUCAUUAUACUUAAAUGGAUCGAGCUCAUUAUGGAUUCUAGUGAGGGAAAUAAGCUGGAAAGAGAGCUGAAAUCCUUCGUUGACAUCGCUAAUGAAGUCUCCUGUGAAAACGUAUCUCGGACGAUGGACGAGUACGGACUGUCAUUUGAUAAAAACUACUUUGUGGCUAAAAAGGAGAUAUCCUUAACUCAGGAUCAUAGGAAAACGUUAACUACCCGUUGGAACUUCCGAACACCUGAAAUGAUCAAACAGGUAAUGCACGGGCUGCAGGCUUUACGUUCCCUUUCCGAGUAUCCUCUUGUAACGCAGGAAAAACUCUGUCAGGUCGCCUGGUACCAAACUCUUGGUCCAAAGAAAGCAAUAGUUCGCCAAGGUCACGACGCAGAAUCAUUUUACUUUAUACUGGCUGGAACAGCCUUUGUCAAAAAGAUGAUGACAGACCCAAAGACGGGUGAAACACGUCUAAACACCGUGGCUCGCCUGACAAGAGGAAUGAGUUUUGGGGAGAUAGGGUUGAUUUUCAACACGAAGAGAACAGCCACCGUGGAGAGCGCCACCUCUAUGGAACUGCUGGUCAUAGGAAAAGACGACUUUAACAGGAUCUUUAUGAAUGAUAAUGACGAAGAAGAAUCAGAACAUGUCAAAUUUUUAAGGCAGGUUCCCAUUAUGCAGAAUUGGCCGAUAGAUUGUCUGAGAGAGGAACCAGGCACCUGUAUACUUCAUUACUUUAAGAGAGGUACAUUGGUCUCCGACGAUGGGAAGAAAAGUGAAUGGUUAUAUUUCAUUAAAUCGGGCUCUUGUGAGGUACUUAAAAAACUGAAGAGUGUUAAGGCAAGAAAAUCUAGUCAAAUAAAAAGGAAACCGGAUCCGAUCACAGAAAUAGUUUUGCCGGAACUAGGAGGUGGACCAGAGUCCAAGAUUGACAGUGGACAAAGGAGAAGAAAACACAAGAUUUACAUGAAUACGGAUGUAUUCCAGGAUAUGGCAAAUUAUUAUGAAGCCUUAAGAAGGAAAUUAGCUAAAGAGGAAACUGACAAAACUUGUGAAGAGGAACUUCAUCUUCCUCCUCUCUCCUCUAACCCCCACAGCAACCUCGUUACUGUUCCGGAAGCGGAAGUAGAGGAGGAUUUAGAAUCUCUUAAUAACGCGAAAAAGGAAUCUGAUCUGCCAAAUGGAACUACAGAGGAUAAAAUAUUUUGCAUUCCCCCUGUGGGCUGUAGAAGUCCGUUUUCAAAUAUAUCUGAAAGUAGAUUUAUGGCAGGACCAAAUAUCCGAUAUCAAACACAUUUUAUUAUGCCAACGUCUGCCAUGUUGAAGAAAGAAGAACCUCCGAAAAAGAGAGAAGGAUUGGAAGAGGAUGAUACUUCUAAAAAUCACAACGUGUUUGUGAAACUCGCCCUUCUUCAAAGCAAAGAUGUCUUUGGUUUAGAUACACUGACGGGAUGGGGUAGUGAGGAUCUGGAUGAUAUGCUAAACGCAUCUCCAGCAACUUGUUUGGUCAGCAAAGGAGCAGAGAUAGUGAUGCUUUCAAAGAAAGUGUUCCUCAAAUACAUAAAUGACAAUGUACGCAACAACCUGAGGGAGUCAAUACGUGCUUACCCACGGGAACAAAAAUUGCAGGAGAAUUUUCAAAACAAACUGGACUGGGAAGACUACAAGAGCUCUCUUAUCAGUAACGUACUACACAAUCCCGCUGACACGUAUGCUUCGUCAGUUCAUGCCUAACACUGGCUGCUGGAGAAUAGCGAAGGAUAGAUAUUUAAAUAUUGCCAUUAUUGUGACUUCGAAAAGGAAACAGUUUUGAACAAUUUUAUUUAUGCACAACAGCUCAAAGUAAAGUAUAGGAAGGCAAAUUGUGAGGGAUUAUUCAAUUUCAAUAUCUUGUUUAGUGUUAACACACUUGUAUACAACUUCAUGAACCAGCAUGAGUUGAAUACAAGUGCCACAUCAAUCAAACAUUAAUAUGCCAUGAUAAAUAAUUAAGUUUCAGGAAUAAGGUACAAAAUGAUUUCAAAUAAUUCUCCCUCUGAGUCAUUACACUAGUUUGUGAUAAAGUUAAAUAAAUGAAUCUUAAGAAUUUUCAAUAUCCUUCAGUUACUUAGGUAUUUGUUUUUAAACAUUGAUCAUAGGAUGGGAAAAUACAGAAUAUUGAAAUAUUUUGUUCACAUAAAUUCUAAUUUGAUUAUAAGAAUAUACAUAUAAAUUAAUAUAUAAAGUAAAUGUUUUUCAGAAACACAAAUUUCAAAAUAUG